UUUCCCCAUCGCCUUACGCCAAGGGUAGGGGGUGUGCAUAGGCAGAUAUUAACCUAUGCUUAAAACUUUCUUUAGUGAAAGUUCAUACUUACACUUUUUUUGUGUUAAAAACCUCUUCUCACUCGCUUAUUUCAAGCGCGCGGAGGCUUUUUUCCAUUGCUGAUUUUUCAUUGUAUCAAAGACAACGUAACUUAAGCCAAGAUGAUUGACACAGUGACAGGACCUGGAGCACAGCCCUUUGCUGUUCAGCUGAAGGCCAUGAUGGAUUUGGAAGGCCGAUACCAACCAAAGCUGAGCGGCUUGAGGCUCAUCGAGGGGUCCCAAGACAAUGGCCUCAGGAUGACCACCAGACUGAGGGAACUGGAGGUGAAGGACCUGCUCUCUCUGACCAGGUUCUUUGGUUUCAGCUCGGACACCUUCUCGCUGGCCAUCAGCUUGCUAGAUCGAUUCCUCUCUGUAAUGAAGAUUCAACCAAAGCACCUGUCCUGUGUGGGCCUGUGCUGCUUCUACAUUGCUGUUAAGUCCUCGGAAGAGGAGAAGAACGUGCCUCUGGCCAACGACCUGAUCCGCAUCAGCCAGAAUCGCUUUACAGUGUCUGACAUGAUGAGGAUGGAGAAGAUCAUCAUGGAGAAGCUCCACUGGAAGGUGAAGGCCCCCACAGCGCUCCGCUUCCUCCGCCUCUUUCACAGCCACAUCCAGGAGCAGCUCGACGCUGAGAGCAAGAAGAUACUGAGCCUUGAGAGACUGGAGGCUCAGCUGAAAGCCUGUCACUGCUCAUUUGUCUUCUCCAAAAUAAAGCCAUCUCUGCUUGCCAUGGCUCUCCUGUGUUAUGAGGCCCAGGAACAACAUGACCCAGAGUACACUGACAAAAUACCAGAGGCUCUGAAAAGCCUGCAGCAGCAGCUGAAUAUCAGAGAUGGCGACCUGGUUUUGGUGCGCGAACUGGUUGGAAAAUGCCUGGCUGAAUAUGCCACCACCAAGUGCUACAGGCCAAUCAGCCAGAGGCUUCGCUGGACUAUUUCGGGAAGAACUGCACGUCAGCUGAAGCACAGCUACUACAAGAUCGCUCAUCUUCCCACCAUACCUGAGUCAGCUUAUUAAACCUGGAGGUACAAACGGGUGACUUUACAUGCAGAGAAAAAUGACAACUGUCCCCAAACUCUCUGAUUGGAUGUAACUUUUGGGUGACUUUCUUGCAGUAUGGUCUCCCACAUACAGCUCCAGUUAUUUUCCUUACAGAUUUUCAUCUGUGAUGAUGGAUUUCUGUAAGGAAAAGCUCAAAAUGCAACAGUUUUCAUCAAGUUUGUUUGUUUGUCAUACAUUGAUCAAGCACACUGCAUUUUCUCUGCCCCAAUGAGAAGGAGUAAUUCAUCUAAGACCAUCCAAGUUUUACUUUCCUGGUUGAGUUGCUUGUGCAAGUGUACAGUAUGUUCUUGUUUAAAUCCGUACCAAGGUGUUUGGUAUUUCCUGGAACGGGUUGCUGGUUUUAAGCUAAUAAGUAUAGAACCACCUAGGUCCUCAGUCCACCAUGUGGAAGAGGAGGGAGAAGGAUUUUGUGAACAGCAAAAAUGGAACCAAGAAAUCGGGCCCAAAAUCCUUAACUCUCACCCUAGGUUGCUAAACUGUCCUGAAUGCACACUCCUACCCAAGGUGAUGAUUUUUUGUUUUUUUAUUUUGAUAUGGUGAGGGAGCUCCAGUUUUCUCCAGUGAAGUGAGGCUAGUGACGAUCCCGUCAUGUACGGCUAACCAUACUGUGUGAGCUGAAAUGUUGUCAGUGGUUACAGAUGAGUUGUUUUCACAAUUCUUGAUUUGUGUACACAGAGUGAAGCACUACAUGUGUUAAUUGAUUUCAGUUGUCAAUUAUGCAGAGAACACAAAAAAGGUCAUUGCAGUGGAAAUGUGGAUUGGAAUUUGUAUUGCAUUUUCUUUGCCAGUUUCCCUGUCUAGUUUAAGUUUCUUUUAGUGACAAUGAAAUGUGUUCUCAAAUUGAAAGUGGCAAAUUGAACGCACCAUCUGGACAACCUUGAUACUUGUACCUUUCAAUAAAACUUUAUUGAAAAGCUA